GAGUGGCUGCUCGAGCUCCCAGAGGUCAACAGGGCCCUGGACCUCUCGCUCGAGGGCCGCGGGGCGGAGGCGCUGGACGUGCUGGUGCCGUGCGUUCGGUCCCUGCCGGCCAGCGGCAUCGCCCCAGCCCGGGCGCCUCCCGCUGCGGCGCGGCGCGCAGCCGCUCCGGCCGCCGGCGACGUACGCGGCCGCGGCCCCCAGGAGCUGGCGCCGAGGCGGGCGAGGCUGCGGCGGGCGAGGCCGCGGGCGGGCCCUGCUGGAUCAUGGACCUGCCCGAGGUCUCCGGCAUCCUCGCGCAGGGCGCCCAGCAGCUCCUCCCCGCCGGCUUCGCGCCGCCCGCGCGCCCGCACGCGGAGCUCGUCGGCGCGGGCGCGGGCGGGGCCGUUCCCCCCCGCCUCGCGGGCGGGGCGAUGGAGGCGUUGCGGGGGAAGUCUUUCGAGGUGACGAUGUGUGAGAUCAUCGUCGCGGAGGACGUCGCCUGCGGCACCGUGACCUUGCCGCCGGAGGUGCCGUGCGCCCACAGCGUCCCCCACGUGGUGCUCGGCAUGCUGCCGGGCUGCCCGCUGGGCCGGUCGCGGGAGGUGGCAUUGCGCUCGCUGCAGGGUAACCGCGCAGACCAAGGCCUCACAGCGAUUCGGCUACCCACCCCCCGGGUCCUGCGCGGCACGGUGCAGCUGCUGGAGUGA